AUGAAGCGCGCUCGGGUAAGUGGAGUAUGGAAUUACUUCAUAGUUGAUUCUGAAGAAAAUAAGACUGCAAAAUGUACUGUUUGCCUUUCGAAAAUAAGUUUUAAGGCAACAGUAUCUAAUUUAAAUAAACAUUUAAAAACUAAACAUUUGAUAACAAUUACGACAAAUAAAAAUACAAGACCAGAACAAGAAGUUAGGCUGCCAACUUCUACUCCUUCUACAGAGAUUGAAUCAAACGAUGGCGCUUACGUUCCUCAAGCCAGUAUAUCCACAGAUGACAUGACGCCUUCGGCGCCUUCACACUCUGUUGAAUUUGUAAGUGUGCCAAGCACACAAACGCCGUCAGAUCCUCGACCAGCUAAUGCAAUACAAUCAACUAUAAAAAUGUUCAGUAGUACGAAAAAGUUAUCUGCAAAACAAAGAAAGGAAAUAGACGACGCGCUAAUGGACCUAUUUUCUAAAAGUUUUCUUCCUUUUUCCAUAGUUGAGGAUAAUUCUUUUAGGAAGUUUGUGGCAAAACUAAAUCCCGCCUACCAACUGCCGAGUCGAAAGCACAUAUCUAAAACCUUAUUAGAUGCAGAAUAUUACAGCUGUGUAAAUGAAGUUAAAGAAAAUCUGAGUAAUGUUGAUUCUGCAUGCCUCACAAUAGAUUGCUGGACAUCGCGGGCACAAGAGGGCUAUCUAGCAGCGACGGCGCAUUACAUCAAUAAUGAUUUUAAUUUAGAAACGGCUCUUUUACAAUGUCGUAUUUUGACAGGGCCGCAUAAUGCAGUUAAUUUGAGUAGAGAGUUGAAUGAGAUAAUACAUGAUUGGAAUUUAACGAACAAAAUUAAACUAGUUGUAUCUGACAAUGCUUCCAACGUCCAAAAUUGUAUUAAAGAGCUUCAGUUAAAAAAUUUCGGUUGCUUUGCUCACACCAUCAAUCUAAUAGCCAAAAAUAGCCUAAAUAUACCGGAGGUUGAAAAUUUUUUAGUUAAGCUAAGAGCCAUCGUGAGUCACUUCAGGCGGAGUAACACAGCUGUAGAAAAGCUAUUAAAAUAUCAGUUGAACAAUAACGUGACCCAACCAAAAAAAAUGAUAAUAGAUGUCGCAACUAGGUGGAACUCCACCUUUUAUAUGUUGGAGAGAGCGUUAUUACUGAAAGAAGCAGUAACAAGUACACUGGCAAUUUUGGACUCCUCAAGCAGUGCUUGUCUUGAAAAUAUAACUGCCGAUGAAUGGAAACUGUGCCAAGAUUUAUGCACUGUUUUAAAACCAUUAGAACAGGUUACGGUACAAAUUAGUGGAGAAAAGUACCUAACAGGCAGUCUUGUCAUAAUUUUCAAUAGAUUGUUACUAAAGGUUUAUUCCGAUAAAAUUUCUAAUGAUGCAACGUUACAUUCCAGUUGUAAAGAUGUGUGUACUAGAAUAUUAAAAGGUAUAAAGACAAGAUUGACUAAUAUAGAAAAGAGCGGCACUUUCAGCGUAGCUACAUUCCUCGACCCAAGAUUUAAAAUAGCAUUUUUUUUGGACAAACCAGCAGCCGAAGCAGCUAAGAAGAAGGUGACUGAAAUGGUUGUCUUUGAAAUAAAUAAAGAAUGGGCUACAGUGUCACCUUCAACACCAACGGUAUUGCCAACUGCACCAGCUACAAUAUCGGAUGCCAGUUCCGAAAAUGCUAGCAAGCCGUACAAUUUUAUUGAUAUUUGGGCAGAUAUUGACGUGCAGGAUGUCCAUACUCUGGAAUCACCGUUGGCCAUUGCGAUUGCUGAGGUUCAAAGAUAUUUAAAUGAUAAAAUGUUACCCAGAAACGCUAGCCCGAAUGAUUGGUGGCGUAAAUAUUCUUUUUUGUAUCCCAACCUCAGCAAAUUAUUCAAAAAGCACUGUUGUGUACUGGCGACUUCAGUGCCUUGUGAAAGGAUUUUUUCUAAAUCUGGAGAGCUGAUUUCCGACCGACGUACUCGGCUAUCAUCAGAAAAAGUAAAAAAAUUGAUGUUUUUAAACACGAAUAAAAAGUGA